AUGUACGGUAUUUUAAUUUGUUUCAGGAGAGAAAUCCAGUUGAUGGCCUGUGCUGCCAUUAUGAUCGCAUGCAAACACGAGGAGCGCCAAGUCCCGCAACUUAGUGAGUUCCUGUAUAUAACUGACAAUGCCUAUGCUAAAGAUGAGUUCCUCGAUGCUGAGCGGCGUCUACUGAUGACGAUUGAUUUUGCAGUUCAUAGGCCCAAUCCCUACAUCUUUCUUAGGCGAUAUGCACGGGUAACUAUUUUCUAUCUGUCUUAUUAA